UACAAAUAUUAAAAAGUAAUUUAUCAAGACAAAUUAUAGCAUGUAAUACGUGGAGUGGUAAUUUGUCUCCCUAAAUAUUAUUGUGUGUAUUUGUUUUGUAGUGAGAGAAAUUUACACAAGGAAAAUCUCACCGGUUUUUAUUGCUUGACCUGCACUGCAUGAGAGAGAGAGAGAGGAAUUCCCUUUUUUGUUUCCUUUUUUGGGGAAGAGAGAGAAAGGAAGUAGCCACAGAGAGAUGAAUGAGUUUAUGAGGGAAUUCAAUACGCCCUGACCUCGGGCGUAGAAUUUGGAAUUUCAUUUUCUUUCUAUACUUGGCCCUCUCCUUCUCCCUCUCCUCCUCUUUUUUCUUUGAUGUGGACUGCCUUAUUCUGCAACUUUGUGACAAACCCAUCUCUCUCUCUCUCUCUCUCUAUAUUCUGCUGUCCUAUCAUCUCAUCAUUUUAUAAAUGUCUGAUGCUCCAGCUUUCUUUCUUAAACCCCCCCUAUACUUUUCUCCCCCUCCCUCCCCUAUUGAGCAAGCAGUACAAACCAUGGAGGACUUGGGCUGUUUGUGGAGAUUUCAGGAGAACGUGGAGGAUAUGAGGCAGAAGCUCCUACAGACUACUCUUGAACUGGAGUCCCUAAGAAUGGAAGCAAAUGAAGAAAGUAUAAAGAACAAAGAGAAGGUGAAGAGCUUACUUCUUCUCCUGCAGGCAGCAUAUGAAGAAAGAGACGAAGCAAGAGAUCAGCUUCAGAAACUGAUGAACAAGUUUAUGCCCACUGCUGCAACUGAAUUACCAGCUCUGCUUCAUCAUUUCCACUCCGGAAGCCCUCUCAACAUACCCACCAAAGCAAAUUCAAGCAUCACUGAAUCAAACAGUCUAUAUGAGACUUAUAAUUACCACUCUUAUGGUUCCUCACCAGCAGAUUCGUUCUUCGAUGGAGUUUCGUCACCAGAUUUCUCCACUGCAAACAUGGCUGAUUCAAGCAAGAUAAGUUUUGUAAAUCAGCCGUUUGUGACAGAGUAUAAUGCUCCUCUUCCUCAGCCUCCUCUGGCCACAGGCGUUGACAUUCCCAGAACAGAGAAGAAUGAUCCAUUUUCUGCAGUGAUUGACAAUCUUGUCAAGGGAAAAAUAUUGCCUCAGAAAGGUAACCUCCUGCAAGCUGUUACAGAAGCAGGUCCUUUACUUCAGACGCUUCUCGUCGCCGGGCCACUUCCCCAGUGGCGUAAUCCUCCGCCAUUGCAAGCCUUCAAGAUUCCCCCUCUUCAAGUGAAUGGCUGCAACAAUUCUAAAAUCAUCAAUCAAAUCCCCCCUUCAAAAUCCAGUAGCCCUUCCCCAAGGCCACUCCAGUCUCUUUUACACACUGAGAUGUCUCGUGGAUCUUCUCAAAUUUUUUCUGCUUCUUGCUUCAACAGUGCCUUGCUGAUGGCUCCAAAUGUUAACCCUCAGAUUCUAGCAGCUAAGAGACAGAAAAUUCAAUGACCACCAUUGUACAAAUCAAGAUCUGGAGUUGGCAGUGUAAAAAAAUGACUUAGUAGUUUUAUUGACGAGAUUUGAAGUUUUAAUUACAUCAAAAUUAACUUGAUCUAUCUUCUAAUCCCAAGAAAUUUCAACUACUUUUUUUUUCCCACAGCAGAAAUGACAAGAAACAACAAUAUUUAACAUGG